GAGAGCCCCGCCGCCCCCCGGGAAGAUGCGGCUGUGGUCCAGCUGGUUGUCCCUGCUGCUCGUCCCCUGGCUGCUGCGGAAGGCCGCCGCCGAGGACCCCGCACCUCGUCCCCCGCGCUCGGUGGAGCUGCCCGCGCCGGCCGUGCGUCUCCUCCCGGCCCCGCGGCCCGACGGCUACGGGGCCUCCAGCGCCUGGGGCUGGGCCGCCCCGUCCAACGGCACGGGCGGGACGGGGGUCGGGGUCGGGGUCGGGGUCGGGGCCGGGGCCCGGGCGGGGCGGAGGCCGCCCGGAGCCGCCGUCAAGGCGACGCGGGUGAAGAAGCUGUUCGGCUGGGGCGACUUCUACCUGGGCGUCCACUCGCUCAAGUUCUCGCUGCUGGUGACCGGCAAGAUCGUGGACCACGUCAACGGCACCUUCAGCGUCUUCUUCCGCCACAACUCGUCCCGUCUGGGCAACCUGUCGGUGAGCCUGGUGCCGCCCUCCCGCCGCGUCGACCUGGGGCUGCUGCCGCUGCCGCCCCCGCCGGCCCCGCCGCCCCCCGCCGCCGCCGCCGCCGCCGCCGCCGCUCCCCCAGCUCUGCCCGACGCCGGCGUCGGGCGGGGUCCGGGGCGAGGCGGGGCCGCUCGAGCCCGCGGGGGCCCCGGGGGUCCCGGGGUCCCGGGGGUCCGGGAGUCGCGCGCCUUCAACUGCCGCGUGGAGUACGAGCGGACCGACCGCGCGCGCCGGCACCGGCCCUGCCUGUACGACCCGUCGCGGCUCUGCUACACGGAGCACACGCAGAGCCAGGCCGCCUGGCGCUGCGCCAAGCCCUUCAAGGUCAUCUGCAUCUUCGUCUCCUUCCUGAGCCUCGACUACAAACUCGUGCAGAAGGUCUGCCCGGACUACAGCUUCCCCAGCGAGCGCCCUCGCUUCGGCUGACCGACCGAGAGAGAGCCCCCCUCCCCGCCCCGGACGCCUUCCUUCCCCCACCUCCUCCACCCCGGGGCCGC